AUGGCGCAAAAGGCAUCUCAGACGAUCCCCAGCAAGACGCAUACCCGCGCAGAGGUUGCAUCGCAUAACACUGAGGACGAUGUGUGGUGCAUCAUCGACCACAAAGUUUACGACCUGACAGACUUUCUCGAUGCCCAUCCCGGUGGCAAUGUCGUUCUGCAACAGGUCGCCGGCCAGGACGCCACGACGGCCUUCUACAACCUCCACCGCCACGAGGUUCUCCAGAAGUACGCCAAUCUCUGCAUCGGCACGGUCCAAGGCGAGACGCCCGAAGUCAUCGAUCCACAGCCGGGCGAUCUGUCGAGGGUGCCGUACGCGGAGCCGCUGUGGCUGACCCCCCAGUUCAAAACGCCCUACUACAACGCCUCGCACCGUGCCCUCCAAAAGGCCGUGAGAGAGUUCGUGGACCGCGACAUCUACCCCGAAGCCCAAGAAAAAGAACUCGACGGCACCUACGUCUCACAGGAACUGGUCGAUAAGAUGGCCUCGAACGGCCUCCUCGCCAUGCGACUCGGGCCCGGCAAGCACCUCCACGGCCGCAAACUGCUCGGCGAUGUCAAGGGCGAGGAAUUCGACUAUUUCCACGAUUUGAUCGUCGCACAAGAGCUCUCGCGCGCCCUGGCAAGAGGCUUCCAGGACGGAAACAUGGCGGGCAUGAUGAUCUCGUUGACGGCCGUCAGGCAGUGGGCAAAUGAUUCUGCGUUGAAAGAUAAAGUCACCGAGGAGUGUUUGAGCGGGAAGAAGUUCAUGUGCCUUGCCGUCACCGAGGCGUUCGCGGGUAGCGAUGUUUCGGGAAUCAGGACAACUGCCACAAAGACUGAGGACGGCAAAUAUUACAUAAUCAAUGGGACAAAGAAAUGGAUCACCAACGGCAUGUUUGCGGACUAUUUCGUCACGGGGUGCAAGACCGAAAAGGGAUUCAGUGUCAUCCUGGUCCCGCGGGACGACAACAUCGAGACCAAACGCAUCAAGACAUCAUAUUCCACGGCGGCGGCCACGACAUUCGUCCAAUUCGACAAUGUCAAGGUGCCGGUGAACCAUCUCCUGGGCAAGGAGGACAACGGCUUCAUCGUCAUCAUGAGCAAUUUCAACCACGAGCGCUGGGCCAUGGUUUGCUUCGUGACACGGUGGAUGCGCACCAUUGUGGAAGAGUGCCUGAAGUGGACGAACCAGAGGAUCGUCUUUGGGAAGCCGCUGGUGACCCAACCCGUGAUCCGACAGAAACUCGCCAAGAUGAUCUCGCAGACCGAGGCGUGCCAGUCGUGGCUCGAGACCAUCACUUACCAAAUGAACCAGAUGGACUAUGCCCAGCAGUCGAAGCUGCUAGGCGGGCCGAUUGGGCUGUUGAAGUCGUACGUGACGCGGUGCGCGCACGACGUGGCCGACGAUGCCGUCAACAUCUUUGGCGGCCGCGGCAUCACCCAGACGGGCAUGGGCCGCUUCGUCGAGCAGUUCCACCGAACGUACAAGUUCGACGCCAUCUUGGGCGGUACCGAGGAGAUCCUGGCCGAUCUCGGUGUGAGGCAGGCCAUCAAGGCGAUGCCCAAGGCUAUGCUGUGA